GUAAAACCUGAGAACAGCUCGGAAAGAUGAUUAAAGCACUAUUGUCAGUUCUCUUGGUCCUGGUGGCCGUGACUUCUACCGUGGGGAAACCAGAGAAGGCUGCUGAGAAAAGUGCCGACAAGGCUGAAGAAAAGAACCCACUCAAGAAGGGAAGAAAAUUCCCCCAGACUCUAUCCAGAGGGUGGGGUGAUCAGUUGUUCUGGGCUCAGACCUACGAGGAGGCCCUGUUCUUGUCCCGUUCUCAGAAUAAGCCCCUGAUGGUUAUCUUCCACCUGGACGAGUGCCCACACAGCCAGUCUCUGAAGAAGCUUUUCUCUGAAGAUAAAGAGCUCCAGAAACUGGCUGAUAAUGACUUUAUCCUGCUCAAUCUGGUGUAUGAAACCACAGAUAAGCAUCUGUCACCUGAUGGCCAGUAUGUUCCCAGAAUCAUCUUUGUUGAUCCUUCAAUGACUGUCCGUGCUGACGUCACUGGUCGUUACUCCAACCGCAUGUACGCAUACGAGCCAGCUGACAUGAAACUCUUGCUGAACAACAUGAUGAGAGCAAAGAAGCUCCUGAAGACCGAGCUGUAAACUAAAACCCUCAUGAUUUCUCCUGGUGUGUGGAAGUUUUCUUCCAGUUAGAUUUUAUAAUUGUGAUCCUGUUUACUGAUGUAAGAAACGCACUGGAAACCCUUUGGACGUGUUUUCAUGUUUUCUGUUUGAGAUCCUGUUACUGAUCCUGUUUGAUAAUUACAGUCCAGUUUUUUAUUUAAUGUACUGCAUCAG